CACCGCCACCCUCCCUGUAUACCUCCUCGCCACCGCAGUCCAGGCAGCCAACAUGGCUGCUGCUCGCUUACCCGAUGGUUCCUUGUGAUCGUGUCCAAAAAACGAAAUGCUCAGAUGGAUGUUGGACCUAUGUUGAAGUUGGACGAGCAAAAUUGAGUACAAAGCUACUAAGAUGCAAGGUGACGACAAAAGAAGCGACCUGUUUCUUGGCCAAGGGAACUCUGGGACUUGGGAUACGCGGCCAGGCUCAGAUUCGCGAGAGGCCGGGAACGUGUCGGCGGCAUGGUCGUCUGGCACAGCCUUGGCGCAGAAUUCCUGCCGGAACCCCUGUGAAAGGGGCAUGGGUGGGGAAGACAUGGUAUGGACUGGGGAUGAAGCAUCUGUGAUACACCGCUCAAGCAGCCUGGGGGGCCAGUGUGCUUCCACAGGGCCCAGCAAUAGUCAGCCGGGCCCUCGACACAAUAGGGGCACCUCUGCAGCCUCCUCAUCCUCCUGGGCUGUCCACCGCCAGGGAAACCCUGGAAAACCUGGAGUUGUCAGGGAAAUUGGCAGUUCCGGAAAACCCUCCAACGACAGCACCUCCGAAGGUGCAGACCAGUUACUGGGCGCUGUUGGGGGAUCUGAGGAGGCAACGUCGCAACCCUCGUCGCAUCCGCCACAAUCGUCGCGCAACUGUCGGCCUCCACGCCUCGGCCUGCUGGGCGGAGGCGAAAGCUCGCUCAACAACGGCGCCGCUGCCCCAGCCACAGGCUGGGGUGCGCCGCCGCCUGGACCCCAGGGGGGCUGGGGUUCCGGGGCAGCCCAGUGGGGCGGUGCUGCAAGCACGCGUGGGCCCGAAUACGCUACCGGUGGGCCAAAUGCUGGUGGGGACGCAGGUGGUGCAAGCUCCCCAACCAAGCCGACAGCAGCAGCGGCAGCAGCAAGCAACUGGGGUCAGGGCACCGCCACCAAGGGUGCCGAAGCAUCGGACCCCAAGAGCACCACAGUGGCCACACGCAACGUCUUGGAAGAGCCGAUGUCGGAACUGCGACGGAUGGCGGCUUUCAGCGAGGGUUGGGGCCAGUCGCCUAUAAACCAAGACACGCCCUGGGAUGUGCCGAUGUCGCCAGGGACCAAAGAGCCACCCACAGGGGCACCUUGGAGGGCACCCGUCAACAACGGCACCGAGGUCUGGGAGAACAACAUGCGUAGUGCAAGAGCCGGUGGCAACAAGCAGCCCAACCCACCUCAGUCAGCACAGGGUUCAAGCCAGUGCUCUCAGCAGCAGCCUUGGGGCAGCCACACCCCGACCAGCCACAUUGGGGGAACCUGGGGCGAGGAGGAUGAGCCGCCUCCUUCGAACAUGUGGACCGGUGUGCCGACCCCGUCCCAGCAAGGUGGCCCCCGCCCCCCGCCCGAGGGCCCUCCCUCGUGGGGCGGGGAGCACCACCGAGGAGGUGGCGGUGGCGGAGGCGGAGGAGAAAAGCACUGGAGUGGUGGGCCGCCCCCUCCCCCAGGUUCCAGUUGGGGUGGGCCCGACGACCGUGACUCACAGGGCCGUGUCUGGGGUGGUGGCCGGCCGUCGCACAGCAUGGACGACGGCCCCAGUGGCGCAUGGGGCGGCGGGCCCAAGGGGGCCGGGCCCCCUCCCAGUGUGGGGACCUGGUCGCCCGUGGGCGGACCCAACGGCAAGCGAGAGCCGUCUGGCUGGGAGGAACCAUCACCACCGCCGUCGCGUAGGCCAGUGACCAACUAUGAUGACGGCACUGCCCUUUGGGGCAACCCUACGCGACAGGGCAAGGUGGGUUCUGCGGUGUCACACUGGAAGGACAUGCCUUCGGUGAAGUCUAUCUGCAGUGGAGGUGGUGCUCCACCGGGCAUGCUGCGGAUGCCAAAGGAAGGAGUGUGGGGCGGCGGAGGCAACAAGGGCCCUCGGGGAGGCAAUGGCGCCAACUGGGGAGACUCCAGCUGGGAGGAUCAUAACAAGGGCGCCUGGGGCAAUGCCCCUCCUGACCAGGCGUACUGGGCCUCCAAGCCCAAGCCUUCGUGGGCUGACGGGCAAAUCGACACCUCCACCUGGGGUGGGCCUGCUAAACAGGGUGGCAAGCCUUUGACCAAGGACCUCAUCUAUGCCAGUAAGCAGUUCCGUAUCCUAACCGAUAUGGGAUUCAAGAAGGAAGACGUAGAGAACGCUCUGCGUAUCAACCAAAUGAACAUCGAGGACACCCUAAUCGACUUGAGGACCAUGGCCACCAGGGGAAAUGGCAGCCAGGACUCGGGCCUUUUGGACGGCUCGGACUGUGGCUUCCCUGUCGGGGGUCGUCCCAAGAUGCGCCCAGACGACGACUCCCAUGGCCCACUGGGGGAGCCGCCUUUUCCGGGCUUCCACGCUGCCGGCGGCUUCCAAGGGCUGCCGGUGUUUGGUGCUGGCUACGGUGGUGGGCAGGGCUUCAAGCCUCCACAGGUCAAGGGCUCUAACCAGGGGUCCAACACUCCAGCUAGUCUACUUAACAGCACGGGGAUGGGCGGGCAGAACUCUAGUCUCACUGUAGGAAACAGUAUUAGCAGCCUCAGCCCAGCCCUCGUGCAGAAGAUUCUCCAGCAGCAACAGCAGCAACACUUUCCCGGAAAUGCUGGCGGUCCAGCCGGCAUCGGGGCGCGCCUGGGCCAGCCAAACGUGCCGUCUGCAACGCAGCUACGUCUCCUGGUGCAACAGAUACAGAUGGCGGUGCACGCCGGACACCUCAACCCGCAGAUUCUGAACCAGCCGCUGGCCCCGCAGACCCUCCAGCUGCUGUACCAGCUGCUGCAGCAGAUCAAGGUUCUGCACGCACUGCAGCAGCAGAACCAAAUUGUGCACAAGGGCCCACCCAACAACCCACUGCAGGUCAGCGUGCAGCUGACGCAGACCAAGCAGCGCAUCCUCAACCUGCAGAACCAGAUUGCUGCUCAGCAGGCGCUCUUCCUCAAGCAGCAGCUGCCUCCACCUCCGCAGCCCCCGCAGCAGGCCCCACCUCAUGUUCCGCCGCCUCCCACCGGACUAGGCUGCCCGCCAACACCGCAGGACUUCCUCGGAGCCGGCAAGCCCGGUGGUGCCGAGGGCCUGCACUCCGACUUCCGUGACCUGAACCUCAAGGACGCUGUGUCGCAGCAACAGCAGCACCAACAGCAGCAGCAGCAGUCGCGCCUCAACCAGUGGAAGCUGCCAUCGAGCCUCGAUGAAGAGAACAAGGCCCCGCAGCAGAACGGCGGCGGUGACUUCAGCAGGGCACCAGGCCCUGCCUCCAAGGCCGGCAGCCUCUCGUCAUUCCUCGGUGGUGCCGACGGACCAUGGUCCUCGGGGGCCUGUUCUCAGGACGGCUGGCCCGAAGCACCGCCCACCACCAGCUGCACAGGCGGCACCUCCUCUCCUGGCGAGGGCAAGGACUCUGGCGUCGGUGGCUACAGCCUGAGCGACCUGGUGGCUGAAUUUGAGCCCGGCAAGCCGUGGAAGGGUGCUUCUGCCCUCAAGAGUGCAGAGGAUGACCCACAUCUGACACCCGGGAGCGUGGUACGCUCACCCCUGUCGGUGAACACCAUCAAGGACUCGGAGCUGUUUGGUGGCAGCUGGAAGCAGAGUCCGCCGGGAGGGGAGGGCUCGCUCGUCGCCUCUCUGGCCUCGCUGACCUCCAGCACGUGGGCAUUCACUCCAGCCAUGCACGGGAGUGGAAAUGGAAGUGGUGGUGGCUCAUCCAAAGGCAAUGCUUCCAAGAGCAGCUGGGGCGGCAGCUCGGAGCAUCAGGCGCCAACGGACCCGUGGAACGUGGGGCCCAAGACUCGUGGCCCGCCACCCGGCCUCUCCUCGGGCUGGGACCAGCAGCCGGGCUCCGGCUCCAGCUUCCUCAUGCUCCGUAACCUCACCCAGCAGAUAGACGGCUCGACGCUCAAGACGCUGUGCAUGCAGCACGGACCUCUGCAGCUCUUCCACCUGUACCUCAAGCACGGGCUGGCCCUGGUGCAGUACGCGUCGCGCGAGGAGGCCGCCAAGGCCCAGUCUGCACUGCACAACUGCGUCCUCUCCAACACCACCAUGAUGGCCUACAUCCCGUCCGAGUCGGAGGUGGCCCAGUUCCUGCAGCUCGGCAGCAGCCAAGGGCAGCACCCCUCGUCGCAGCCGCAGCAGCACCAGCAGCAGAUGGCCUGGGGUGCCCCCACGAACGCCUACCACCAGCCGCCGCAGCGCCCGCCCCUGCAGUACGCGCCUGGUCGCCCCAGCAAGCAGCCCACGGAGCCGUGGAACACCACGGCCCCGCCCCCAGUGUCGUCGGCUGCGGCUGUUUCAUCGUCCAACGCCAGCCACCUGUGGUCCUUCCCAGGGUCCGGCAGCGGGCUCUGGGCUGCGCCUCAGACAAGCCAGGCCGGCGGAGUGGGUGGCUCCAACCAGAUGGACCACGACCACGGAGGCCCCGGAGUGCCCCAGUCCUCGCUCAACUCUUUCCUGCCUGGUGACCUGCUCAGCGGCGAGUCCAUCUGAGUGACGACCCCCCUUUCCUCGCGGCAGCGAAAAAAACCUGCAACUACUACAGUGACGACGAAGGAGGAGGAUGAGCAGCGCGCGUAAGCCGGUGCCUUGCCGGCCCCUUUUGUGAUAACCGCUUCUGUGUGGGGGGUGCUGGGCCGGAGCCCUUGCCCCGCAAGCGGCGGGACUCGGCGUGCCGCUUCUGCCGCGUGCCGCCUGGGUCUGUGUGUGUGUGCAUGUGCGUUCAUCGGUCUAGCGUCGUGUGCAUGUCCCCUCCCCCCCCACUAUCAUGCCCCCCCCCUGCCACAACCCCAUUCCCUCUGCCGCCGCUGCGCGCCGAAUGCCAAAACGACACAGACCGGCCUUUAUGAUUGUUUUCAUUUUUUUUUUCUUUCUUUGCAGUCUCGUUUUGUCGCGUGUAUGUGUGUGCGCAUGUGUGAUUGUGUUAUGCUUGCCUGUCGCGAGUGGGAAAGUCAAUCAAGAUGAAAAAAAUAGUAUAUACACAAACACACAUAAAAAAUAUAUAUAUAUAUAUUGAUAUUACACAUAUAUAUUAUAUAUAUAUAUUGACCACCUUUUACACGUGACUAAGAAUGUAAGAAAAAAAAAAUGGGGGAAAAAAUCCAAAAAAAAAAAGAAACGGAGAGGUAACUACAAGAGAACACUGCUCUUCUGCACAACGUGUCUAUUCAGUUUUUUCUUACCGUUGACGAAGUUUGUCUUCUGGCAUGCACAAGUGGGGGAGGGUGUCUGUCAGCGGCGUGCGACGACUGCCAAAGUGUGAUACCUUCAUGGACAGAAUUUUUUGUGUGAACAUUGUUUUUAUUAUCUGUGUUGCAGUAGUAGUCACCAUUCCCACUGCUGCUAAUGUUUUUUUUUUUUUUCCUUCGUGGGUCGCUUGUUUGUUUCUGUUUAUUUUUUGCCCCGCCCUCAAUUGCUCGAUGCCCACGUGCCGAAUCAACGAUUUCUGCCACAACAUUGUUGCAGUCGGUCGCCAGGGGGUGCCAUGCACGGUGCACCAUCGCCAUCGGCGGAGGAGAACAAGAAGCGACCUCUGUAGAUGAAUGCGAUCUCCGUAAUGCCUGGCCACCGGAACCCCGUGACCGAACUGCGGUGCUGCAAUGUUUUGCCUUGUCCCACUGCAAUGCGAGGCGCAGAAGUCUGGGCUGGGCGGGCUUGCCUCUGUUGAAAACCAAAAAAAACCACAAAGAUAUGAAGUGCCAGAUUUAUUGCCGUAGCUCCUCGUUGGGACAAAUUUUACGUUUGAGAGGGCAGCAGGCAUUGCUGAAAAGAAGCCUUAGAAACACCAAACGUGAGCGCCUCUCUGGCCGUGCCUACUGGGCUCAGAAGACGUGCUGUCGUUUUGUCUCUCUCCGUGUGUGCAAACUCUCGCCCGAUGUGUCGGGAGACUAGUGUUCUUCAGGGGUUGGCAUGGUGCUGCACCCCCCAUCAGCCAUCCUACACAGGGCUCCGUUGACUUUUUUCUUUUCUUCUGGUAUUUUUCUUCGCAAGGGUCGCCUGGUUACUCGAUCUCGUCCUCUAGGUGCAAGGUGGAGCUGUGGCAGGCCGGCAUGUCGCUGCAUCGGCAGCUGGCAGUGUGUGUGUGUGUGUACCGCACCAACAUAUCCGAGCAUGCAGGGCACAGCCGUGUUCACCCAGUCAUGCAUGACAUUUGCAAUAACGUGGGGUGGGGGCUAUCAAUAGCGAAGUGUUGUUCCUCUCUUCUAUCCCGUCCUCUGCUUUUUCUCGUAUUCACAGGUCGUUCCCGGGUGCAUGGUUGUUUUUACGAGAGGUUGGCCUCUCCACGUUUUUCCUUCGGUUACUCAUUGCAAUUCCCGUGCAACCUGCGGUGCACUGCAGCACGCCGCCGCUGCCCUGCCAACGAGCUCCCACCUCCCGUUUAUGUAGAGACGGAAGAAACUUGGAAGGGUCUUCACAUAUCUCAACUCUCGGAAGCGAGGCUCACUCCCGAGCGUCCUCGUCUGGCCGCUGUCGCAAACUCUCCCUUUGGUCGGCGACUUCUCUCUUCUCGUAAGUGCGGCCUCUUCCCUUUUUUUUUCCUUUCAUUCUUUUGCCGCCUCUACCCGAGAGGGCGGCCCUGUUCCCCAGAAUGCGCACAUUGUCGGCUCCACUCCGCUUGCCGAGGGUUGCCUUCCCUUCUCGUGACGCAUCAGUAGCUCAAGCCCUCUUCCAGCCACUCGCCCUGCCCGCAUCAGCGGGGCUUCGAGGGGCCGGGAAAGGAGGGGGCACCAUUGGUAUAGACUCCCCCUUUUUCGCAAAUGCAGGGGCUCCAACUCGUACCCCCUCCCCCUCUUGCGCCCCUCCCUAAUCUCUCCCGAUUCCCUCAAAGUGCUUCAGGGUGUGGAGCGUUGGGGUGGAGGGGAGGGGGGGGGAGAACACACACAAGGCCCAACAUCUCUCUCUCUAUAUAUAUAUACUAGCGCAAUGCCUCUUCUCAGGCACACUGGUGUGGCAAUCUAUGCAUCUUGUGCGCAAACGUGCAAUACAUCUUCUGACCUGGUCUGUGUUAUUUUUUUCCCCCAAUGUCAGGGCUGGCAAAACUUAACGCUGUAGAAGUGAGGAGGAAAAAAUAUAUAUACUGAAGUCUAGCACAAUCCCUGCACUCAACGUUUUUUUCCCUCCUCUCUCUGCGUUCUGGUAUUUCCGCGUUGCAGUCCGUGCCAGCGGUGAGGCCACCUUUUUUACACCUGCGAUGCCUCGCCCUUCUUGAGUUUGUGUCGACUCUUGACUGUCCUCUUAAAUCUGUGUGCCGGCUCAUGGUUGCACCAUAUUAAUCUGAUGUUCCAGGAGUCCAUUGUGAAGAUUGCAGAGCAGCUUUAUGUCACAGGCAAAGGACAGCAGUAUGUUUCGUGUGCAGUUUUCAAGUCCCCGUCGUUUCUUUCGGUGCUUUCAUUUCUUUCGGGUCACAGUGGCUGUGCAUAGCCUUUCCGUCUGACUUGGUUAUUGGGCAGCUCUUGAUGCCAGGAGACAUCUUAAAGUGUUUCUCCGCUUCUCUCCCUUUCUGUGUACUUAAAGUGAUGACUGCUUGUAAACUUGUGGCCAGCUAGUGUGGUUACUUCAGUUUCUUACCUUACCACGUCUCCUAAUCUUGCAUGCACCAUUGUCUCUCUAAGUGGUCUUUUGAUGUUUUUUAACGUCCCCGAAGCCAGCGAUCAAAAAGGUUGACUUCUUGUUUUGUUAUCUCUGUUUCUUGUGCGCUGUCUCUUGACGUAGCAGUUGGUGUUCGCAUCGGCCUCGGACAUCUUUCUGCUCGCACGCGGCUAUUCCUUGUUCCUUUGCUGCGAGUGUUUCGGUGAGUCACUCGGGCUUCUUGUCUUUCUGAAGUGCACAUCACGUUUGUCUUCUUUUGUUCUUAAUAAUUUUUUUGUCUUGCUUCUCAACGCUAACACAGUCGCCUCAAUGUCGUGCGUGCUUGGCACGUUCUGAUGCAGUUAAAAAAAAAUACACGUGAGGGGACAGUUGGUGUAGUUUGGCAACGUAGCCUGGGGCCAAAGUAGACGAAGCCUGGAGAGAUGAGGGCGCUCCUCCUUGUAGCCCUUGUUCGUCCCUCCAUUACAAAAAUGUUCGGCUCUCUCUCUCCCUCGCUUUCGUUCAUCUGUACAGAUUGUCAGUUUGUGCGUGUGUUACAUAUAUGUUCUGUGUGUUUGUGUACAUAGAUAAGCUACGCUUUUUAGUGAGAUUUGGGGAGCUUGCUCGUUCCCUCCCUUCGCGCAGUUUAGGGAGCGGGGCGUGAAGGUGCACCCAGCACUACUGUUGAGAUGAAAAAAAAGGAAAAAAAAAACAAAAAAAACAGCCCGUUGUCGCGCUUUCUUUGCAGGGUGAGACUUGGAGGGAUGGGUGCCAGAGUUGCCAUGUGCAUUUUUUUUUUUUUUCGGGGGCCAUCGCGGAUGACUGUGUUGCCCCCCGUCCUGAGAGCUUUUUGUAGAAAAUGCAAUGACUAAAGAACUAAAAAGAAAAAAAAGCCGUGCCUUGACCGAACAAGGUGCGGAACCAAAAAAAAAGAGAGAGAAACGACAUAUAUAUAUAUAUAUAUAUUAUAUGGACUUCAGACAGGUGCACUCGCUUCGUGCAAGUUGUUCACUCGUUUUUUGGGGGCGGGGUCCACAUCGUGGGAGACCUAACCUUAGCAGGGGGCGGACCUAUCGCUUUCCAGAGCCAAGUGCAUUAGUGGUGGAAUCUCUCUUGCGGCAUCGCGUUGUGCACGGGUGCUUUUGGGGUUUUUCCUUGAUUGGUGGCGGAGGCUCAUGGGCACCACCUUGUCUCGUGUGCGUUUGUGUGAGCGUGUAGUGUUAACACUUAUCAAGUCUCUUGUCAAUGCGGGACACGGGCAGCGGAAGAAUACCUUAAAGAAGACAAGCACCUAAUACUCUAGUGUAUGAAGAAAAUAUAUAUACAUAUAUUAAGUAAGAGUCCACCGGCACAGCUGCGCGGGAUCUGCUCAAAGGAAAAUAGGCGGGCACUCGGGUGCGGAGGGUGUGCGCCGUCGCAUUGUUCCCUGUCUCGCCCGACCAGCCUUGCUUGCCCCCACCCGCGAAGCCGCCAAGGGAUUGUUUCUCGGACGGGGGCAAUGAUUAGUCACUUCUGCCUAGUGAGCAGUCAAAGUACGAGGGAGGCUCGCCACCCCCCCCUCGACAAAGAUGUUUCCGGGUUCUUGCAAGCCCUUCUCAGUUGUGUACAAAGUUGUCUGGGGAAAAGGAGGGAAGGGGGUUGCACCGUCGCAAGUGUCGUCUCGCGGCAGCUAGCAUCGAUUCCAGGCAAGACGCGUGCUGGCAUUUUAGGGCAGGGGGUUCUGGUGGGGUGGGCUGGGGUGCGGUUUGCAUUUGCAGGUGUGUGUACAAGUAUUGAGUGUUCUGGUGGGGGAGGCAGCAUUACAACAAUGGCGGUUGUUUUCCAAACUGGUCUCAGUAGUAGCAGCGGCACGACCGUCUUGGAGAGGUUUGCUCUCAACCUUGAGAGUGCGAUGAAAUGAGAUUAUAUGGGAUGAUUUUGAUUGUGGUGGUGGUGGGGGGGGGAGGCUAAGGGGGGUGCUGGUGCUCGUUUCCCCCCUUGUGCCGGCCUGUGGGGGAGGGGGUUGUGUGUGUGUAGUGUGCUUGUACAUAGUUAGGGGCGUCCACUUCCUACACUACUUUGUUGUUUGGGGAAAAUCUCCUCCAUGCCAAAGCUUGGUGCUUCCCAUGCCGGGACGCUCUGAAUUGCAUUCCAUUUUCUAGCCGCACAGGUCAGGUGUUCCUCCAAGAGGGGCUGGUUGGGGAUCCUGUGUAAAUGGGGGGGUGAGGGUUUGGGACGUUGCAUUGCGCAUGUCCGUAGCAUUGUGUUGGGCACGGAAUGAUGCAGGCACGGCAGCGUGAUUGUUGACACACUGUUGCAGGUUCAAGCAAGGGGCAGUGGGGCGGCAAUGGGGGUGCGUGUGCUUGCAGAAUAGAACACAGCUGGGGAUGCAUGCGCAUAUGCAAUCUGGCGUUAGUCUCUCCAGUUUGCAAAGCCCGAAUUUGAGUUGCCGAAAUGCCGCGAGGACAACAAUUGUUUUUUCUGUGCCUUAAAUGUGGUGGGUGGAAAAAAAAAAGUUUCCAUGGGGAAAUGCAAGGCCCGUUCUUCUGCUGCCAGGGUUGGUCAGGGCAAAGCACAUGCGUGGUUCGCCUUUCCCGCCAGCAGAGACGGGAGGGAACAACGGUAUGACCAUCGGCGACGGUCUUGUUCGUACUUCCCAAGCGGUUCCAAUGACGACACAUUGCCUCCGAUGUCUCUCUGCACGGGUUGAGAUGUUUUAUCCGUUUUUAAGUUGAUCCAUUACUGCCGACCUCCAUUGUCCCCUUUUCCUGUGGUCGAGAGGCCGUCGCCUUCCUGGCACAGUUUUUAAACUAGCGGCGCACGCAGCCACGUUGGGGCCGGGGAAAGGCCAGGGGUGCACACUCAAUGUGAUCUUUCAGAUGCCCGCAAGGUUUCUCUUGUGCCACUCAGCUUUUGCAUGUGUGUGUGUGGGUUUGUGUGUGUCGUGUCAUGCUAGUUCCCCCAAAUUUCAAAAAGAAUUCUCGUCACAGCUAGCUUUAUAUAUCCAAAUUUGUAUUCUUAUUUCGCGUUUAUCACAGAUAUUCUGCCGCAGGGGUAUUCCCGCACCUAGUGCCAUCCUAAAGAGAUCUUUUUUUUUGUGCGUGUAUAGCUUUCGAGAAAAAAGAAUUGUUUUUUUUUUUUUUUUUUUUCUCCUUGUCAUAUUGCGAUGUUGUCGUGGCCGUGAGGGCCGUCCAGUCGCCCUUGGCCCUAGUUUUGUGU